AUGGAAAAAUUCAAGCAAGUUCAUGCCCAAAUUCUAAAGUUGGGCCUUUUCUGGGAUUCUUUCUGUGGCAGCAAUCUUGUUGCCCCUUGUGCUUCAUCCAGAUGGGGCAGCAUGGAGUAUGAUUGCUCAAUCUUCAGGCAAACUGGGGAACCUGGGAGCUUUGAGCACAAUACCACGAAUACAGGAAAUAUCAAUAGCAUGAAUCUAGAAAAAGAUUUGUUGUUUUAUGUUGAGAUGCUUGAAAGAGGAAUUGAAACUGACAACACCUACCUACCCCUUUGUACUCAAGAUGCUCUCAAGGAGGGAGCGCAAAUUCAUGGUCAAGUUUUUAAGGCAGAUCUUGAGGAUGAUAUCUUUGUGCAAAUUGGCUUGAUCGGCAUGUAUGGUGAGUGUUGGGAAAUAAAGCAUGGGAUCUUGUUGCAGAACAUUAGUGAGCUCAAUGUUGUUGUCAAGACCUCACUAAUUGAUUCGUAUGUGAAAUGUGGGAGUCUUGAGAAAGGGCUCUCCUUUCAUGGGUGCGGUACGGAUGCUCCAAGGGUUUUCACUGAAAUGCUGGAAGAAGGUUUAGCACCUGAUGAUGUUGUUUAUGUGGGUCACUAUGGUUGCAUGGUGGAUCAUAUGGGGAGAGCUGGGAUGCUCAAGGAAGCCUAUGACCUCAUAACAAGCACGACAAUUAAGCCUAAUGAUGUGGUUUGA